AAAAAAAAAGAUCUCCAAUUCAAAAGUUAAUCUUUGUGUUAAUUUUGUUUUUUUAUUUUUUUUAUCAUAAUACAAAGGUCAUCGUAUGAAUCCUGGUGAUACCUUUCCAAUCACACAUUCAGGUAUUCAUCGAUUAAGCCAGGUAUCCUUAGGUGAAAACCCAAAGGAAGGUAAAACAGUACUCAAGGUAAAAGCUAAAGGACAUACUUUUGUAUUAUGUACACUGAUUAAAGAUGAGGUUGAACAUCAAAUGUUAUCACAAUGCUUUAUUACAGAAGAUGAGGCCACUUUGAUAGUUACUGGUGCAAAUUCUGUUAACUUGAUUGGAACAAUAGAAAAAUAUGAAAUGGAAGAUUCUUCAGAAGGUGAUGAAGAAAACGAGUUGGAAACUUUGACAGGCGCACCACGUUAUGCCAAUUAUCUUAGUGAUUUAUUAGGUCCUGAUUUACCUGAUGAAGAUGAGGAUGAAUAUGAAGAUGAGAUGGAGGAAAUGGAUGAAUUUGGAACGUUAGCCUUUAGAGAUCCUACUGAUAAUUCAUUUUUGGGCGGUUUUGAAUUACGCCAUUUCAAUCUUGCACCUCAAGUACCUGGAUUUGAACGGGUUAAUUUGAGAGAACAAGAAGAGUCAGUCGAAGAUACUCUUUUACAUGACAAUAUUGCUAAAGGAUUAGUGAAUGCACUUAUUAAUAGUGGGGACGAGUUUCAAAUAAAAAAAGGAAAAGAGUUCCUCAGGAAGUUAAAAAGACAAAGUAAACAACGAAAAUCAUUAUACCAAAAAAAGAAAGGUGGAAAAUAAUGUACAUAUUUCAAUUUAAUUACAUAAUAAAAAAGUUUGGUUCGUUAUUCUAUCAA